UGGCGACCGUUUUGACAGGAUCUUUCGUUCCUAAGUAUUCACCGGUGUAUGUGCAAAGUUAAUUCUUGGGGUUAUUUUUCAGGCAGCAUAUUUUCACCUCCUCGUGGUUGUCUUGUGUAAAUUUAGUAUUCUGUGUGAAUAAUAGUGGUCAUUAUGGUUGUUAAUGUAUUAGAACUCCUUAGCGGAGAGGGGUGGCAAGAGAGGCUUGCAGAGUUGAAUAGGGAAGACUUGGAAAUUGUAGCGCAGCAUUUUGAAUUGGAAUAUGAAGUGUCCAUAAGAAAGGGUGUAUUGCUAUUGCAAAUUUAUGAAUAUGUUAAAACUGUAAAGGCAGGUGGGGAACAAGAAGUGAAACCUGAUAAAGGACUGUUGUCGGUAGAAAUUUUGGAUAGGCAAAUUGCUCUGAGGCAGAUGGAGUUUGAAAUAGAAAAGUUUAAGGCAGAGGAAAGAGAAAAAGAGAGGCAGCAUGAGAUUGCUAUGAGAGACACAGGUUCCUCAUCUUCCCCUCCCCCUUCCCCAAAUAGGUCAGUAACGCCUGCUAUUAAUUUAGCGCAGGCUCUCAAAUUUGUGCCUAAAUUUGAGGAAAACAAUGUAGCAGAGUUUUUUGUAUCGUUUGAGAGGAUUGCAGCAAGGUUGGAGUGGCCCCAAGAGUAUUGGACCACUCUUAUACAAAGUAAAUUGGUUGGAAGAGCUCAGAGGGUGUAUGUAACUCUGGAGGAGGAUCUGUCAUCAGAUUAUGAGAGUGUGAAGGCUAUUGUCUUGAAGGCCUAUGAGUUAGUCCCUGAAGCCUAUAGGCAACGCUUCAGGAACUUAGAAAAGAUUGUGUUGGUUACGUGGCGGUGAUCCUUCGUUAUCCGAGGGAUGGAGGUUUACGCUUGGAGGAGUUUGCCUCAGUGUGUUUCUGAGCCUCCAACCUUGAAGGGCACGACUAUUGCAGUUGAAACUAUAUUGACUCCUCGCCCUAUUGCAGAGCUACGUCUUGAAGCUGUAUAGCACAUUGGAUAUACUUUCUCUGCAUCAAGGAUAUUUUAUU